GACUGUCCAUGACCCGGAUGAGGCUGAGCUUCUGGGGUCUGUAGCUGGAGAGGAGAAAGAGCAGGAUCAACUGAACUACAGGAGAAAUGAAAAUAUUCUCCUGAAAUUCAUCACCAACAGCCAGGAUAUUUAACAAAGAGCACUGUUAAACUGCUGAAGGAGGUGAAGCAGAAGCCAUCCUGAAGAAUCUCCAGAACACGCAGAAAUUGUUUGAUACAUUUAACAGACAAAUGAAGCCCGACAUGGAGAAACAGCAGCAUUCUGUCAAGAGUUUUACUAAACAGAGUCAUCUCAAAAAACACCAGCGCAUUCACACAGGAGAAAAAACGCAUCACUGCUCAGACUGUGGCAAGAGUUUUACUGCACAGAGUCAUCUCAAAAAACACCAGCGCAUUCACACAGGAAAGAAACCGCAUCACUGCUCAGACUGUGGCAAGAGUUUUACUGCACAGAGUCAUCUCAAACUGCAUCAGCGCAUUCACACAGGCGAGAGACCAUAUCACUGCUCAGACUGUGGAAAGAGUUUUAUUAAACAGAGUCAUCUCAAAAUACACCAGCGUAUUCACACAGGAGAGAAACCGUAUCACUGCUCAGACUGUGGAAAGAGUUUUAAUCAACAGAGUGAUCUCACAAUACAGCAGCGCAUUCACACAGGAGAAAAACCGCAUCACUGCUCAGACUGUGGGAAGAGUUUUACUCAAGAGAGUAAACUUAAAAUACACCAGCGCAUUCACACAGGCGAGAAACCGUAUCACUGCUCAGACUGUGGGAAGAAUUUUAAUAAUCAGAGUAUACUUAAAAUACACCAGCGCAUUCACACAGGAGAGAAACCGUAUUUCUGCUCAGACUGUGGGAUGAGUUUUAAUCAACAGAGUCAUCUCAUAAAACACCAGCGCAUUCACACAGGAGAGAAACCGUAUCACUGCUCAGACUGUGGAAAGAGUUUUAAUCAACAUUUUAAUCUCAAAAUACACCAGCGCAUUCACACAGGAGAGAAACCGUAUCACUGCUCAGACUGUGGAAAGAGUUUUAAUCAACAUUUUAAUCUCAAACAACACCAGCGCAUUCACACAGGAGAGAAACCGUAUCACUGCUCAGACUGUGGAAAGAGUUUUAAGCAACAGAGUCAUCUCAAAAAUCACCAGCGCAUCCACACAGGAGAGAAACCGUAUCACUGCUCAGACUGUGGAAAGAGUUUUACCGGACAGGGUGAUCUCAAAAAACACCAGUGCAUUCACACAGGAGAGAAACCGUAUCACUGCUCAGACUGUGGAAAGAGUUUUAAUCAACAGAGUACUCUAAAAAUACACCAUCGCAUUCACACAGGAGAGAAACCGUAUCACUGCUCAGACUGUGGGAAAAGUUUUACUGCACAGAUGACUCUCAAACGACAUCAGCGCAUUCACACAGGAGAGAAACCGUAUCACUGCUCAGAGUGUGGGAAGAGUUUUGCUCAACAGAGUACUCUCAAAAUGCACCAGCGCAUUCACACAGGAGAGAAACCGUAUUACUGCUCAGACUGUGGGAAUAGUUUUAUUCAUCAGAGUCAUUUAAAAAUACACCAGCGCAUUCACACAGGAGAGAAACCGCAUCACUGCUCAGACUGCGGGAAGAGUUUUGAUACACAGAGUCAUUUUAAAAUACACCAGCGCAUUCACACAGGAGAGAAACCGUAUCACUGCUCAGACUGCGGGAGGAGUUUCAAUCAACAGAGUUAUUUCAAAAUACACCAGCGCAUUCACACAGGAGAGAAACCGUAUCACUGCUCAGACUGUGGGAAGAAUUUUAAUCGACAGAGUAAUCUUAAAUAUCACCAGCGCAUUCACACAGGAGUGAAACCAUAUUACUGCUCAGAGUGUGAGAAGUGUUUUAUUACACAGAGUAAACUAAAAAAACACCAACAAAUUCACACAAGAUAGCAC